AUGUCAUCGCAUCAUACAUUCAUGAAAUUAGAAUUAAAUGUACCUCUUAUCAUGGAUGGAGGCAUGGCAACUGAACUUCAAUCCACCCAUGGAAAGACCAUUUCUACGCAUUUGUAUUCCUCCGAAUACUUGUAUAAAGAUCCUAAUGCAAUACGUACUGUACACCUUUCUUACCUUCGUGCUGGAGCUGAUAUAUGUUUAACUUGUAGUUAUCAAGCAUGGGUUGCCGGAUUCAUAAAAAUUGGGUUCAGCGAAGAUCAAGCGAAAGGAUUAAUGAUAAGAUCGAUACAAUUGGCAAUCGAAGCAAGAGACACUUUUUGGUCAGAAUAUCUUGCAAAUAAUGACGACGUCAACGAUACUAAAAAAAGAAUAAAACCAUUAAUCGCACUAUCAAUCGGGCCUUAUGGUGCAACACUAGCAAAUGGAUCAGAAUAUACAGGCGACUACGGAACCACGUCAGAUGAAGAAUUAGCAGAGUUUCAUGAAUCGCGUCUUCGAGUCUAUCAAUCGGAAUUUUCGCGUAUCGAUUUUAUUGCUUUUGAGACAGUGCCAUCUUUACGCGAAGCGAAAGUUAUUUGUCAGGUUCUAUCAAAUAUGGGAGAGGAUGAAUUAUUACCCCCAUGUUGGAUUUCUUUUUCAUGUAAGGAUGAAACACGCGUCUCACACGGUGAAUCGAUAAGAGAAUGCGUGGAAGCAAUAUGUGGUAAUAAAGCGAAUUCAUUAGUAUUCGGCAUCGGAGUCAAUUGCACACAUCCAAAAUUUAUUGCACAGUUAAUGCAAAAUUUUCGUCAAACUAUGGAUUCGUUUAAUGAUAAAAAAUGGGUUAUUUGUUAUCCGAAUGCAGGAAAUGAGGUGGAUCCGGUUGCUAAGGAUUGGGAUUCAAAUAAUGGCACUACGCCGGAAUUUAUUGAAAAAAUUAGAAAUAAAAUCUUAGUACAAUCUAACAUUUGCCUCUGA